CGCGUUGUUCCCGACUCCACUGACAGCAGCGAAGCCGAGAUGGCCUGCGCGGACGGUUCCGUGUUCCUCAAGAACAUGCUGUGGUUUUCUCUCCUGUCCUGGACGGUAUUUAGCUGUUUCUCCAGCGGAGUGGACGCCGCUCCGGAGACCGGACACCGGACUUUAGCUGUCAACAAUACUUCAAGACCCUUGAUAGUGAGAAAGUCCAUGUAUAAGGGCACUAAUAUCCAACUGAAAGUGACUUCCUUUAGCUGUCCAGAUGAAGUCUCAUUUACCAUCAGGUGGUAUUUAAAGUACUAUCCAUGCCACAAUGAGUACACCAACGUAGAGGAAAUGUAUGAGAGGACACCGCUGAGUCGGGGAGAGAGUUUAGACCCCAACCCUCUUGCACAAGGAGAGUACAUCGAGCAUAAAUACAAGACAUUAACCUGCAACAGAGGGAUGCAGCUCUUUCCCACUCUUAACAAAACGAUAGCAGAGCCGAGGACCAUGGACGCACCCAAGGAGGCUGAAAUUCAUGAUGCCAACUAUACGAGGUGGCUUACAGGAGAAACUGAAGCUGGGGAUAAUGUCAUUGCAACAACUUGGAAAGAUGGACCGUAUCUCCUUGUGGUGGUGAUCCAGCCUGAUAAAGAUGUCAGCUGGAAUUUAACGUUCUCUGUGGUGAUGAAAGGAGCUCAUGGAUUUAUUUCAGUCACAGAAUGGCCUCUUAUGAUUUUCUACAUGGUGAUGUGCAUCGUUUAUAUCUUGUACGCUCUAAUGUGGUUCGUCUGGGCCUCCUGCUACUGGAAAGACCUGCUGCGCAUCCAGUUCUGGAUAGCUGGAGUGAUCUUCCUGGGCAUGGUGGAGAUGGCAGUCUUCUGCGCUGAGUACGAGAACACUAACGCCAUGGGCUCAGCAUCUCAAGGCUUGCUGGUGUUUGCUGAGCUCAUCUCGGCUCUCAAGAGGACUCUUGCUCGACUCUUGGUCAUCAUUGUCAGCCUCGGCUACGGCAUAGUCAAGCCUCGUCUGGGAACUGUCAUGCACAGAGUCGUGGGUCUGGGUGUGCUUUACUUUGCCUUCGCUGCCAUUGAGGGCAUUCUAAGGAUUACUGGGGCUAAAGACUCUGACCUGGCCUUGCUGGCCAACAUUCCCCUGGCACUGCUUGACUCCUCUCUGUGUUGGUGGAUAUUUGUUAGUCUAGCGCAAACCAUAAAGACACUAAAGCUCAGGAGAAACCCAGUGAAGUUGUCAUUGUACAGACAUUUCACAAAUACCCUCAUCUUUGCUGUAAUUGCCUCUAUUAUUUUCAUGGUUUGGACGACAAAGAAAUUCCGGUUAGCAGACUGUCAGGCUGACUGGAUGGAGCUCUGGGUCGAUGAUGCCUUCUGGAGGUUCCUUUUCUCCAUUAUACUGCUGGUCAUCAUGUUUCUCUGGAGACCAUCUGCAAACAACCAAAGGUACGCGUUCACUCCUUUGAUCGAUGAUUCAGAUGAUGAAGAGAUUGAAGAGUUCCUAGUGUCUGCAAACAUUUCUGAUGGAAUAAAACUGAGAGCAGCAAAGACGGAGACUAACGGAACAGCGAAGCCCCCUCCUGGACCGGAUGAAGAUUUGAAGUGGGUGGAAGAGAACAUUCCUACCUCUUUAACUGAUGUUGCUCUACCUGUUCUUCUCGACUCUGAUGAGGAAAUCAUGACUACAAAAUACGAGAUGUCAAAAAUGGAGUGAAAGCACAAAUAACUGUCCUCCUUCUGAGAUCAAAGAUCUGCUGCUGUUCCCACCACUGGUCUUCACCAGCGAGAAAGACGAUAAAGGUCAGAGAAAAGAGGAGAGAGACUGAAGGUUCAGAGCCCACAGCGUGUCCUAAAAAGAAGAGGAAUCAUGCUGAUGUCACAGGAGCUUCCUGCCUGACCUGGCAGUGCUUUUGUCUGUAUUACCGCCUUUUUUCUGUUUUUAAGCGAAACUAUUCGCUGUCUGCCCCUCACGUUUGACAGAUGGGUCACCAACCGUUCCAAUGGAUGUAAGCUGAUCUUUCUGACCAGGGCCAGUUAUUAAAUGCGAUACUUUUGCACUCUUGAUUGUUUGGGGUUCAUGUGUUGGGAAGCGCUUUACACGGACUACAUGUACGCGAACAUUAACAGUACAGUAGCACUCCAUUACAGGUACAUAAUCAUUUCUAUAAUAAUAAUAAGAAGAAGAAUGUAUAUAAUGUAAUGAAUGGAAAGUAUAGCAUGAAAUUAGUGUAUAUUUCAUGAUGAAGGAAACACUGUAUUCGGAUAAUCCACUUUAGAUGAUUUGUAGAUACUUAAUUUACUCUCAAGUUAUAUUUAAUUAAAUAUCUACUAAAUUUACCAUAAUUUUCUUUAAACCUUCUCUAAUCCUAACCUUUACCUCAACCCAGCCAUAACCCUGGUCCAAAUCCUAACCCUAACCCCAACACUGUUUAAAAUCAACAAUUUGAACAUCUAGUGGACUUUCCAAAUAAAGUGAGACCCUGAAUUAAAAUCUUUUUAAAAAAUAAACAGGCUGUAGACGUCUGUGGUCGUUCUGUAGUCAUUGUUAUUUUCAAAAGUCACCACUUUUAUGCUCUGUGAUUCAUAAAAAGGAUCUAUUUUAUUCCAUUUACAUUUUUUCCCACUUAAUGUCAGUUGAUGCUCUGAUCUGUGAGCAAAUAUAAACGUUGCUAUGUCCAUGCUGCCCUUCGUGUGUGCUGAAAGUAACCCCUAGCCCAUUUGUGCUGUGUUUCUAUUACUGGUGAAUGUUUUUCAGCAUUAUUAAGGGAUCAGUAAUGAACGCAGCAUGAAUAUCUUUUUGAAUACAGUGCUUAGAACUGUAUUUGUUCCCUGAAAAGAAGAAAUCUAUAUAUUAAUGUGUCAAUAUUCAUAAGAACUUUACAUCAGUGAGUACGUUUACCUGCACUUAAUAAUCCGAUAACUACAGAAAAUCACAUUUUGUCAGUUGUCUAAUAAAGGCGUUUACAUGCAGUUGUGUAAUCAGAUAAUGGGGAAACUCUGGGUCUACAUGAGUCAAACAGUAAUCAGAUUUCUGCUUUACAACCAGCCAGUAAACUCACAGAAGACGACGUGAUUUAAACGUAACGUAAAACUCAAGCGUUAUGAUGCUGCUUUUUAAAAAAGCAUCAUCACUUUACCUGAAAAUAUGAACAUGGAUCAUCUAGAAAAUAAAGAACAUUUAAAUCCUUCUUUUCGUCAAGCAUGUAUUUGGUUUGUGUCGCUCUAAAAGUGUUUUGAUGCGGAUCAAGCUGCUCGCUUGUUUCCGGUACCGCUGUCUGUUCUUGCGCAUGUGCAGACUGAGAAAUACAAAAGAAAUUAGAGUAAGAGUUUAUUUGCGCUGAAAAAUCUGAUUACCGAGUUAAAAUCCAGCCUCGGAUUUCUUAGUCAGAUUUCUAAAUCAUGGUGUGCUGCAGAUCACUGCAGAAAUCUGAUUAUGAUCGGAUUAUUGAGUUCAAUUCAUCACAUUAUACUCUACUCAUUAAUGGUUAUGUGAUUAAUGGAGUGUUCAGGUACUGUUUAUGAAUAUGCUUUAUAUACGUGUUGUUUGUGUAAAGCAUCACUGCGUGUUGAAAUAUUGUUAUUCAGGGUUAUGGUUUUUUUUGUUUGUUUUUUUUUUUUUUUUUUAAGAUAAUAAAAAAUUAAACAAUGAAGUAUUCAGGAAGGACAUGAAGUUGAAUGACCAAAGACUUUUCUGUUUGCUGUAGGUUAGUUUUUUCCGUCCAGGACCUCCAAUGGUCGUCUUCACUGUACAUAGCGUUAUUUAUCUGCUUCAUGAUGGUGAGCCUGUUCACUUCCAUCUGAAAGUACAACGAGAGUCUGUCCUGACUGCAUUUGUUCCAUUUGUGUGGAUCAGAGCAUUUUUUCUUUGAAAAGUACAAAUGUUUUUUGGGGGAAAAAAGGUGUUUAAAUGAGAUGCAGUAGGUUUUGUGCAGUAUAAAAACUCAGAACUAUAAAAAAUAGGAACUGAUGGAGACUGAACCUCUGUAGCAUUAAGCACAACAUAAAGAGCAAUAUACUGUAUCUCCUCCUUUGCCUUGUUUUGGAUUUUAUUAUAGGGUUGCUUUGUGUCACUUUUCAUGAUAAGCCUUACCGUUUGUUUUGCUUCGGGUUCUGAUGAGUUGUAAGAAUAGUCUGUUUUUGAGGAGUGGCCACUUUUUUUUUUUUUUUUUUUUUUUUUUUUUUUUUCCCCCCCUCUUUUUGUCGGAUGGUCUGUGUUGGUACUAUGAGGAGUAAAUACACACAGGAAAUCUGCUCUUAAUUAAAUAUAACACCCACUUUACAGGCAUGCUCGCCUUGUGUGCUUACCUUUUCAGUGACCAAACCUUUUUUUUUUUCUUUUUUUUUCUUUUCUUCCUCCACAUUUUUAACCUGCACUUUUAUUUGUCAUCUUUUUUGGCCACAUCAAUGCUGUGGAAAGGCUCAUUCUGUGCGAUUUGUCUUUGUUUCUGAGAACGUUUGACUCAUUCUGACGACGCACUCUUCACCUCCCUUUGCUUCAGCAAAUAGAAAUGCUGCUGUCUGAAUUUAAUGCAGGAUUUUUCUCUCCUCUUUGGGUAAAUGUACAUUUUCAUCAUGCAUGCUCUGGUGUUUUGAUAGGUUUGAUUCACAUGUAAAUAAAGAUUCUUUAUUUUA